GCUGCGCCUGCGCAACAAGUUCAGCGGGGAAAAUGGCGGAUGACAAGGAUUCUCUGCCCAAGCUUAAGGACUUGGCGUUUCUCAAGGACCAGCUGGAGAGCCUGCAGCGGCGUGUGGAAGAUGAAGUCAACAGUGGUGUGGGCCAGGAUGGCUCGCUGUUGUCCUCCCCAUUCCUCAAGGGCUUCCUGGCUGGCUAUGUGGUGGCGAAACUGAGGGCAUCAGCAGUAUUGGGCUUUGCCGUGGGCACCUGCACUGGCAUCUACGCAGCUCAGGCAUAUGCUGUGCCCAAUGUGGAGAAGACAUUAAGGGACUAUCUGCGGUCACUGCGCAAAGGGCCUGACUAGCUCUGGAU